GGGGGCCGGAGCUCUCCCGCCGGCGCGCGCGUGGCCACGCCCCCCACUGGAGGGCCACGCCCCUUGGUGGGGAAGCCCCGCCCACCACUGGGCCGGGGGUGACCAUGGGCAGCAAGAUGGCGGCGGCCGCCCGCGCCGUGCAGGUGGUCAAGCCGCAUACUCCGCUGAUCAAGUUCCCGGACAGGACAAGCGGUCCCAGGCCUAAAAGUUUUGCAAUCUGGGUUUCAGUACAGGAAUCUCUACAAGCAAGUGUGCCAUCGCCCCAUGCUUCAAAAGCGCAGGAGUCUGUCGGAGGCAGAGCACCAGCCUUUCAAAGUAUUUCACCUGUUAGUAGGGUACAAGGUGCACCAGACACUUCGGAAUUAGCGAGAACCUUCCCUCAGAAAUACAGAAGGAAACUUAUGUCAGAUGAAGAGAUUGAAUAUAUUCAACGUGGAGGUCCGGAGUAAGCGCGGAGGCCAAGUUUGUCCGCGCUGCUGGAGCACGGAGCGUUGUGCUCACCACGAGGGCGCUCCCUUAGCGUUACAAACGAUCGCAUCCUGGUAGCUCUAACAAAGCCCCGGAGCGAGGGGCGGGAGGGCAGGCAGGACACCGCUCACACAUUUCAGUCGAUGGCUAACUAGCAGCAGCGCCGCCGGCACACCAUUAAAAUAUUUUUCUAAUUAGCCAUUCUACACAGCGA